UCCUCAUAGAUUUUGUUGAUUUAGAGCCUGCUGGUGGACUGUCAUUAUUCACUUCUUAGCCAAGACCCUUCGAGCUUCCUUCAAUCCAUCUUCAGACCCCACUAACCUCGCGACGAACAUCCCAUUCCCGUGUAAGAGCAGGAGUGGUCGGUGGCAAUAAUGACGCUCACAGGCGAGGAGAUUGCCAAACACAACUCAAAGGAGUCUUGUUGGGUUAUCGUACACGGAAAGGCAUACGAUGUGACUGAGUUCCUUCCCGAGCACCCGGGAGGGCCUCGAAUCAUCCUCAAAUAUGCCGGCAAAGAUGCAACCGAAGAGUACGAGCCCAUCCAUCCGCCCGACACACUUGACAAAUACCUGCCGAAAGAGAAGCACUUGGGCGACGUGAACAUGGACACCGUGGAGCAGGAUGAGAAGGCAGAUGAUCCAGAAGAGCAAGAAAGACAAGAGAGGAUCAAGUACAUGCCAAUCUUGGACCAGUGCUUCAACUUGAUGGAUUUCGAGGCGGUGGCAAGACGGGUCAUGAAGAAGACGGCUUGGGCAUACUAUUCCAGUGGCGCAGAUGAUGAGAUUACCAUGCGAGAGAAUCAUUCCGCAUAUCACAAGAUCUGGUUUCGACCGCGGGUGCUGGUAGACGUCAAGAACAUUGACUUCUCCACCACUAUGCUCGGAACGAAAGUCGACAUCCCCUUUUACGUUACUGCCACCGCCCUCGGCAAGCUGGGCCAUCCGGAGGGCGAAUGCGUCCUCACCCGCGGCGCACACAAGCACAACGUCAUCCAAAUGAUCCCCACGCUCGCCUCGUGCUCCUUCGACGAAAUCGUCGAUGCCAGACGCGACCCCCAGACCCAAUGGAUGCAGCUCUACGUCAACUCCAACCGUGAAAUCACCAAGAACAUCGUGCAGCACGCCGAAAAGCGCGGCAUCAAGGGCCUCUUCAUCACCGUCGACGCGCCGCAGCUCGGGCGAAGAGAGAAGGACAUGCGCUCCAAAUUCGACGACACCGGCUCCAACGUGCAGAACUCCGGCGGUGACAACGUCGACCGAUCGCAAGGCGCUGCUCGCGCAAUCUCGUCCUUUAUCGACCCCUCUUUGUCGUGGAAGGACAUUCCGUGGUUCAAGAGCAUCACCAAGAUGCCCAUCAUUCUCAAGGGUGUGCAGCGUGUCGAGGACGUGCUUCUCGCCAUCUCUCACGGCGUGCAGGGUGUCGUGCUCUCCAACCACGGCGGUCGCCAACUCGAUACCGCGCGCUCCGGCAUUGAAGUGCUCGCAGAAGUCAUGCCCGAGCUUCGUCGCUUGGGCAUGGACAAGCAGAUCGAAAUCUACGUCGACGGCGGCGUGCGUCGCGCCACGGACAUCAUCAAGGCGCUGUGUCUCGGCGCGAAGGGUGUGGGCAUCGGUCGACCUUUCCUCUACGCCAUGAGUGCGUAUGGUCUGGACGGCGUGAACAAGGCGAUGCAGUUGUUGAAGGACGAGAUGGAGAUGAACAUGCGUCUCAUUGGAUGCACGAGCGUGGAUCAAUUGACGCCCGACAUGGUGGACACGAGGGCUUUGAGCUCGCACAACACCGGCGUGCCGCAGGACACUUUGGGACUGAAUGUCUACGAUCCGCUCAGUGGACCACAGCCACAGGCUACGAAGGAGCGAUCGAAGCUUUGAGGGGUUAUUAGGUUCGUUGUUGGAUUUUAGCACACAUGUAGGAUUCGGUGUAUAUACAGGUGUAAUCAAUCGUUCAAAGCA